CGACAGACAACUCAGAACCAACAAGACUCUCAGAUCAAUGCACACAAUGGACACCAGGGGGCGCCGGUUCGUAUCGUGUCUGCUGCUCUUUGCGCUGCUGGCUUCCUGUCUGCCGUUCACUGCGAGCAGGCAGCUGCACCUGGGGCAAUGCGUCAUCAACGUGCACACGCAGGAGCUGAAGCAGUACUUCAGCGAGAUCCGCCAGAGCAUGCUGACGGAGGACAGCCAUAUGGGCCUGAGGCUCCUCAAGUCACACACUAUGAAAGAUGUGCAGCCCACGGAGAGCUGCUGUUUCCUGAGGAUGCUGCUGCGUUUCUACGUGGAGAGAGUGUUCAGCAGCUACAGCACAGGGCAGUCUCACGUCAGGAGGAGCACCAGCAACCUGGCCAACUCCUUCCUCAGCAUCAAGAAGGACCUGCGCCAGUGUCUUCAGCAUGCUCACAUGCAGUGUCACUGCCACGAACACACCAGCCACAAAUUUGCAGAUAUUCAGGCCAGCUUUGAUAAGCUGAACCAGAAGGAGGGCGCGGUGAAGGCCAUGGGGGAGCUGGACUCUCUCCUGGAUUGGCUGGAUGGGUUCCACCAUCUUAGGCACCAUUCCUGACAGAGCAGAGUGAGGGAAUGUCCUCAGCCAAUCCGCAGCUAAGAAGGCCAUGACCGUCCCAUCAGACCCAAUCCAAUCACUGCACCGCGGACCUGUGCAGAAGCAGAGCAUUUAAAAAACAAAAAACAUUCAUACACUGUCAUGGCACAGCGACAUAUUUAAUUAAUUAAUAUUUAAUUAAGUUGUAUUUAAUAAUAUGGUAAUAUAUUUUAAAACAGUUUUGUUGCCAAUAGACUAUUUAUUUUAUGGUUUUUAUGGCUCCGGUGCAAGGAG